CAAAUCUAUUACAUUUAUUGAGGCAGGAUGUCCGAAGAAUCCAUCCAAGAGUUGGAAUUGAUCUCCACUAUAGGAUUCAAUGGAAGUGUACCACACGGUUUAUUAGUUCACCCUGACGGUGAACACUUGAUAUACCCACUGGGCUGCACUGUUGUUAUUGAGAACAUCAAGACACACGAACAGAACUUUCUGUCCGGUCACACGAAUGAUGUGUCCUGUUUGGCUGUCAGCAAGAGUGGGAAGUAUGUCGCAUCUGGGCAGAUUACUCAUAUGGGUUUCAAAGCUGAUGUGAUUGUAUGGGACUUUGAAGCCAAGGCGCCAUACGCUACCUUCACUCUUCACAAAGUUAAAGUUGAGGCUCUAGCGUUCUCUCCUUCUGAUAAAUAUCUGGUCACUCUUGGAGGAAGAGACGACAGUAGUGUUGUGGUAUGGGAUCUGGAGAUGCGCGAGGCGCUGUGUGGUGCACCCUCUGCACUACAAAGUGCUGGAACCGUUUACACUGUUCAGUUCAUGAACACUACCGACGAUAAGUUCGUCACCGGUGGGAAUAAAACUCUGAGGAUCUGGGAUGUUGACCGACCCAACAGGAAAAUCAGACCUCAGGAAUGUGAUUUAGGACAACUGAAGCGUGAUGUCCGGUGCAUUCUUAUCGAUAGCACCGACGAGUUCCUGUACGCUGGCACUACCUCUGGAGACAUCUUACAGAUAACCAUAAAAACACACCUGUUCAAGAACUCUGGUCCCUCAAAAGACAAAUACUCCCUCGGAGUUCACAGCAUUGCCAUGUUAAAAGACGGCAGUAUUAUCGUCGCAACGGGGGGUGGCAUAGUUUGCGCUCUAAAAGCUGGCACUUUUAAACCUGUAGCACAGAAGGAAUGUACACUGGAUGGUGGUGCUACUAGCGUUGCAGUCAGGGGGAUUGGUCAUCAGGUGUAUGUUGGAGUCAACAAGGGGAAUAUUUACAGAAUAAACUUCUCAGAUUUCCAGCCUACUUGUAUCAACUCUUGCCAUUAUUCGGGGGUAUUGGACGUAGGGUUCCCUCACGGCUGUGGAGACUUGUUUGCGACUUGUGGCAAAGAGAAUAUCAGGGUGUGGGUUACUGACACUAGCACUGAAGUGUUGAGGGUUUCAGUUCCUAACAUGACUUGUCAUGGUGUUUGCUUCAUGACUGACGGUCAUAGUAUAAUCAGUGCGUGGAAUGACGGUAAGAUCCGAGCGUUCAAACCGCAGUCCGGUGCUGCGCUGUACACGAUACACGACGCGCACAAGCAGGGAGUCACUGCCAUUGCUACUACAAGUAACAGUAGUAGGAUUGUGAGUGGUGGUGGCGAGGGUCAGGUAAGAGUUUGGGAUAUUUCAUCAAAUAGACAAGAAAUGAAAGCUGCGAUGAAAGAGCAUAAAGGAGUUGUGACCUGCAUCAAGAUUCGAGCAAACAAUAUGGAGUGUGUAUCCUCUUCUGACGACGGAACAUGUAUCAUCUGGGACCUGAACAGAUUUGUAAGAAAUCAGAUCAUAUUCGCUAACACUCUGUUCAAAGCAGUUUGCUAUCAGCCUGAAGAAACACAGCUUCUGACUGGGGGAAGUGAUAGAAAGAUCUCUUAUUGGGAAACGCUGGACGGAAGUCAGAUUCGAGAAAUGGAAGGUAGUGCUGACGGCAGUAUUAACGGCCUGGAUAUAUCUGAUGACGGCAACUAUUUUGUGAGCGGUGGAAACAGUCGCAAAGUAAAGGUGUGGAAGUAUAACGAGGGGGAGGUGACACACGUAGGACUGGGACACAGUGGGGAUAUCACCCGAGUCCGGGUGUGUCCAAACUCUAAACAUAUUAUCAGUGUCAGUGCUGACGGAGCUAUACUCCGCUGGAAGUACCCUUUCUGAGGAGCAUGACUUAUGGUGUGGGGUGGAAUGAGGGGUUAGAUCCUCUGGCUGUGGCGAAGAGAUGAGAUUUAUUUUCCUGGACUGACAUUUUUUUAAAGCAAUCGACGUUGCCGGUUGUUUUUUGUUUUUGCUUUGAAUAUUAUAAUAUUAAUAGGUUAAAUUAAUGACAUAUUAUUUAAGAUUAGAUUUGACAUACAAGGCAUUCAUGAUGCAUGACAACCAAUAGAGAAGAAUAAUUUGUUCAGAGAUCAAUGCACAUUUAAUGUCUUUUGUGCAAGUAUAGGUUAUCAUAUGAUAAUGAUUUUGUAUUUCCGUUAAAGGUGUAAAAAUAAAGUUAGAUUACAAGCAGUUUUUUAAGCCGUAAUUUUAUAGAUAUUUUAGUGUUUUGUAUCAUACAUGAUAAAUAAUAAACACGAAUUUUUGAAUGAUAUUUAUAAAAAGUAACCAUCACUUUCACAAUCAAACAAGCCGACAUUUUUUAAAUGCCGACAUUUGAAAAUGCCAAUAACUUUCCAACCUACCUCGACCUAACUGUAAUUUUUUGUUAUCUGAUCUUAUGAUAUUCCAUAUUAUAGAUAUUUCCAUGUUGCUAUGCUCUGUAAAUACCUAUCAUUAACUAAAUUUACAUUUUUAUGUA